AUUCAAUCACUUGCAUCUCUUGCUCAGGACACAGUCAGCAGCCUCCAGCCGAAGGAGAAGUAGUAGUCACCACUUGUGCGUAAGAAUAGUAGGAAUAAAACCUGUCGUCCGUUCACGAAAAGUUUAAUUAAUUGAAGAAAAGUUGUUAUCUGAGCAUUAACAAUGGCAUCGAAACCCCAACCACCCGAGAGAAGUUUGAAGUUGACGAAUGGUGUUGGAAAGGACGGCAGACUUACGCCUUCUCCUGGACCGAAUUCCGGAAAUUCCGGUCGAGGAAUGAAACGACGGGAAAAAGACGACGCGGCCGACUCUGUCGAAAAAUCCAGGCCUCGUCUCGAAAUGGAGUUGCGAUCUACGCCAAAAUCGGCAUCAUCAACCACUCCCACAACCUCAGCUCAGACCUCAACCACCACGCAGGUCCCACACAGCUCCAGUAAUAAAACGACUGAAAACCCGGAAAGUCUGAACGCUCAGUUACCAUUGCCCCCACAAUUUAGAAGUGGUGGAAAAGACGAGCGCCCGAUGACGCCAAACAAAAUGACUCGAAUCGAGGAGAAAAACACUUUGAUUCAUUUGAACAAUCGGUUUGCUGCCAUUAUUGACCGCAACCACCAGUUGGAAGGAGACAACGCCAAAUUAGCCGCCCAGGUACAAUCGGUCGAGGCCACAUUGACAAAAACUACAGAGUCACUGAAACAGACUUAUCUUAAUGAGAGCAACGACGUCCGAGCUCGACUGGAGAAGGCGGAGAAGGAAAAGGCGAAGGCCGAGUUGUCGCUGGGCACUCUGAAAAAUUCGUUGAACGAUGCCAACACGAAGGUACAGAGUCUUUUGAAUGAAAAUGCGGAGCUAAAGAAACAACUUGAGAACGCGGAGGCGGACACAACAAAGGCUGAAGCUGAUCUGAAAAAGGCCAACGCCGAUAACGCCAAGUUGCGAAAGAUGAUUGACGACUUGACUCGCGACUUGAAGAAGUUUGAGGGAGAGAACAAUGCUCUCAAAAAGUCCAUUGAGGACAAAACUCUGCGAAUCGUAGAGUUGGAGAAUCAAUUGAAGGGCAAAUCCGAAGAGAUGCAACUCAAGGCCCACGUGCAUCAGCAGGAAGUUGCUACCAUCAAAUCUGCUAAUCAGAGCAAAAUCGCUGAAAUUGGAGGAAAGUUGCAAAAGGAGUACGAUAACCGAUUGGAGGAUGCUAUUCGACAGCUUCGUGAAGACUGCCAGAGGGAACUGAAGGCACACAAGGACGAACGUGAGCAUCUCUACCAACUGAAGGAGAAAGACUGGAAGGCACAAUUAGAAAAUAAUGGAGCUUCCUUGAAGUCCAAGAUGGACGAAAUGGCAAAACUUCUCUUGCACGUGGAAGAGCUGUCCAAAAAGAUGUCAGCUCUCGAAGGAGAUCGUCACGCCCUGCAAGCAGACUUGCAAAAUACUCGUGACGCCAUGAAGCGAGAUCGGGAGGACAUGAGUCGUAGCAUCAUGGAAUUGGAAAAGAGGAUCAAACAACUCCAGACGGAUAAGGAUCAACUCAUAAACGAAUACCAGGAUCUGAUGGAAGUCAAGGUGGCUUUGGACAAUGAAAUUGCCACUUACAGGAAAUUACUAGAGGGAGAAGAAAUCAGGUUGAAUAUGUUUGGCGACAUGGCUCAACAAAUUAAGAAGGGAGGAGCUGCAUUGGAAGAUCAAAUCAUUAAGAAUCCGCCAGCACCAAUUCUUAAGGCCAAGUGAACCGCUAGAUUGCUGAUUCGUACGCCGGAAACGUUGCUAUUCUUCUGUAUGUCGAGUCCUUGCUAAACAGCAAUUUUAAUUGUAGAUGAAAGUAUUUCUACAACCUGCCCGCUAAACAUAUUGUGUAAUUUUAUGAUCAGUCAACGACUAACAAACAAUAAUAUGCAUGUCAUUCUAAAAAUUAGUAAAGAUCAAACGGUACUAGCAUUUCACGAAUAUAUUUUACCACUUUAAAUAUGUGUGCUGUAUAAAUACGUAUAAACUUUGGUGAUGUGUGCAAGUAAAUGACUAAAAUAUUUUUAUCGGAAUGCGUGCCAUAUAUGUAUCUAUAUUGCGUCAUCUCAACUUGUUCGCCCCAGUAACAUAAUAAUCUCCAAAAUCGUUUAAUUACAAGAUUUGAUGUUUUUAGGAGCUACUACCCAUUCAUUACAUAUAUUAUGGAAAUAAAAAAAUAGUAAAUCAUAAA